CUGUCUGGCAUCUUUCUCUAUAAUCUGUUUCACACUUUGCAACACUUCUUUUGGUAUGUGAAAAAUAAAAUGUAAACAAAGUGAAUGUGUAUUCGCCAGCUGCAGACCUAAAAAGCGAAAAGUGAUUUUUGUACAUUGUGGAAAAUAUUAUUAAACAUUACUUUAAAUCAACAAUAAUUCAGCAAAUAUGAGUCAAAUUGUAAUACCUCACUCGGGCUACAAAAGGACCACAGACAAACAGUACAGCUUAUUGACGCACGAAAUGGCCAGAUUAUCGCUUCAAAGUCGUACAGGUAAAAAUGCCGAUGCUAUAAUGCAUUGGAACAAUUUAACGGAAAAACUAAACGAACUUGGGCCACCCUAUCGUACUGUACAACAAUGGAAAAAGGUUUGGACUGACUUUAGACGUUUUCACAGUAAACGGGGCUUCAAAUCUAAACCAAAAUUUACGAAAACUAUUAAAAAUAAACCAAAACAGUAUAAUGAAAUCUUUCCUACGGAAUUAGAAGAGCAUGCAGAGGUUUCUCAAGCAGAAAACAAAGUUGCCACUUCUACUAAAGUAGCACAAUUUCUACGAACUGAAUGGGAAGAAUUUGAACAGAAUUCCCAAUCAAUGUAUUCAACAAACUCUAAUGAGUAUGCCGAUGAGUAUUCAUAUCCAGAUAGACAUUCCUCACAACUAUCAGACACUGAAUUGCACGAAACAUUAAUACCUGAUGAAUCCCCUUAUGAUUCUUACUCUUACAAUAACCAUGAAGAUCCAGACUCCCGUAAUACUGUUAAUCAGCCUUCUGUUUCAAAUCACGAUACACCGCCACCCUUACGACCUGCAAAUACUCGUUUACUAGAUCAAACAUUAUACACUUUACAGAAUCAAAUGGAGCAUCAAACAAAACUUUUGGAACACCUAUCACAAAUUUCCAGCACCAUGGCGGGCCUAAUGGAGCGUCAAGUGAAUGCUGUGGAAAAACAAACAGAAGCCAUGCGCCGUCAAGCUUCGGCUACAGAACAUCACACCUUAGUGAUGAAUAAUUUUGUCGAUAUGAUACGUGACAAAAUGCCAAAGGCAAAUUCAAAGACAUCAACUACGUCGUCACCCAAUCUAUCGAAUGGCAGCUCAUGAAUAUGAGUUUACUACUCAGAUGAUAUUAGACAUUUAUAUUCUUUUAGCAUUACUUUUUUUAUUAUGUUAAAUUGUGUUAAUAAGUUUAAGAUUUAAGCUAUUAAUAUUUCUUCAUUAUGUAAUGAAUUUAGCUGUAAGAUAUUUUGAUAAUGCUAUUGUUAUUGAUAAAAAGCAAAGAACUGUAACAAAUAAAUAUGAAUUUAUUGUAAAAUACA